GUCUAAAGUUACAAAUAAAAUAUCGUCGCGUGAAUUAUACAUCCUCAAGACCUAAACAAUGGCAGCAGCAGCCGAAAUGGAAACGCACAGUUAAUCCUGGGUAGUUUGAGGCUGUGGUUUGGCUGCAGAGCUGCUGCUGGAGGCCUCCUCACACACACACAGGGAAGUUAAAAAAAAAUGCCUCUCUUCAUCAACCGGGACCAGAUAUUUGCGCACCAGGUUCAUCUGCUGGAGCACAAACUGAGGAGUAAAGAGGAGCGGAUACUGGAGCUGGAGACGGAGAAUGCUAUUCUUCAUCUGAGACUUGCGGACUGUCUGGUGAAACUACGUCACGACCAUGAAGAGGAGACCAAAGCGAUGAACCAUCAUCAUCAGCACCAGAGACAGGCACAGAAUGAAACCCGGGCCGGCCUCACAAAACUCCUGUCUGGAGUCCAGGAGGUGAAGCAGGACCUGAGUGAGGUGUUCGGAGUGUAUGUGAGUUUUGCCGCCGAGCUGGAGGAGCAGAGCAAGCAGCUGCUGGAGAAAGUGGAGCAAGCCAGCUCCUCCAUGAAAGGUCACAGUGGAGAUGAGGUGCAGGACCUGCAGGCCCGUGUUGCAGCUCUGGAGCGCUCUCUGGAGGAGGAGAAGGAGAGGUGCAGGACAGAGAGGCAGAGGAGGCAAGAACUUCACAACACAGUGGUGGAGCUGAGAGGUAACAUCAGAGUUCACUGCAGGGUGCGACCUGUUCUGUCCUUUGACCACGUCCAGUCCUCCACCUCUGGAUCAGGUCCUGCCUCAUCUGAGGAAGUGGUCUACGCGAUCAGUGAUGACACGGUGAUGGUGAAUUGCCUGAAGCCCGGGAUGCCAGUGCAAAACAAGAUGUUUGAGUUUGAGAGGGUUCAUGGACCAGAGGACUCCCAGGACACAGUGUUUGAGGAAGUCAAGCCCCUGAUUACAUCCCUGCUGGACGGCUAUAAUGUGUGUAUCAUGGCGUACGGACAAACAGGAAGUGGGAAGACUCACACCAUGAUGGGAUCGCACUCGUCAGACGUGUCCUCAACGGUGGAGCAGGAGGCCCAGCAGGGUGUCAUCCCCCAGGCUGCUGCUGAGCUCUUUCGGUUGAUCUCUGAGAAGCCUGCAGGGAGCCACACAGUGGAGGUGUCAGUGAUGGAGGUGUACAACAACGACGUGUAUGACCUGCUGGCUAAAGACGGGCAGGGGAACCAGCGCAGGGACGUCAUCACCACCUCCUCUGGUACCAGCCAGGUUCCCUCCCUGACACACGAACCGGUGGGCAGCGCCUCCGAGGUGAUGCAGAUCAUCAGCAGCAUUCUGAAGCUCAGGGCUCACUGUCCCACCCUGGUUCACACUGAAUCUUCACGCUCUCACCUCAUUGUUACCCUCACCAUUUCCUCCAAGAGUCCCAAUGCACUGGCCCUGGCCCGCAGGCUGCAGAGCGCCAAGAAGGACAUGCAGCGCUCCCCUCAGAAGGAGUGGUGGAGCCCACGCUGCCGCCGGGCCGACCUCACGGCCCGCUACCCAUCUGACGAGCUCCUGGCAAGCUCCGCCUCCUCUCCCUGCCCCUCACCUUGCCUUUCCCCGUGUCCCUCCCCCAGACCCAGUAUCUCACAGGCCCCAUUCAGGACCAAGCUGCAGCUGGUGGAUCUGGCAGGGAGUGAGUGUGUCGGUAUGUCUGGAGUGACGGGCGCUGCUCUGUGGGAGGUGUCCUGUAUAAACCGCAGCCUCUCCGCUCUGUCUGACGUCCUGGGAGCUCUGGCCGAGCAGAGACCACACAUCCCUUACAGGAACAGCAAGCUGACCCAUCUACUUCAGGAUGCCAUAGGUGGCGAUGCCAAGCUGCUGGUGAUGCUGUGCGUCUCUCCCACGCAGCGCUACGUCACCGAGUCGCUGCAGUCCCUGGGAUUGGGCACGCGCGCACGCCAGGUCCAGAAGGAGCUGCCUCGACGGAAGAGUAACACACUCAAAGUUAAGUGACGACAUCAGGACAAUUUGCCCUGUUGAUACAGACCGGAGGGUUAUAAGGUGCAAAAUGAGUUACAUUGAUUUUACAUUGAGUAUUUAGUGCAUACCUGUACCUGUGGGGAAGAAAUCAAAGUGCCCAGCCUUAAACAAUAUGACUUAAUGCAGUUAUUAGAAAUCUUUCCUAGUCACUGGGUUACACGGUGCUGCGUACUCAUUGGUAUCAACAUCCUAAACUGUACAACAAUAAAAACAAUAUUAGCCUGAUAUAAAUACUUUUCUUAACCCUUCGUACAGAUUUGAAUACAUUGGUUGGUGGCUUAAAUAGGAAAUGUGUUGUGUGUGGGUAUUAUUUAUGUUUUUAAAUAGAACUGGGUGGUGUCAUCUAUGUUUUUAAAAGACUUUUCACAAAUAGAUGAAUUCAAAUAGAUCUUGGUUUUAAGCCUAUUUCAGGAAAGAUAGGCCAAAUGAAACUGCUGAAACUUUAUCAUACACAUGCUGAGCCUGGUUUUAGCCCAGUUGCUGGUUUAGCAGUAAAUGACAGAACAAUUUUACACAGGUGGGACUUUAAUAAUUGAAUUGACCUUUGAACCUUUGUUUUUAGUACCAUGUUUUUCCAUAGUAUUACGAUGUAGCUCAUUCCAAUAGUGAAUAGUGCUGUAAAGCUUUUUGACUCGGGUAUUCUUAUUUAUUAUUAAUGCUGUAAAUAAUUGAAAUAUACGCUGCUCAUGCUAUGCCUUCUAUUUUUUAGUAUUUUGAUGCAUCAAUGUUUAUACAGUGUUUAUAUAACGUUCUCAUGUAUUCUGUCUGUAAUCAUGAACCCCUUUUUGUAACACAUCACAAAUCAUUCAACCACAUUGAUUGAACUGUCUCAGUAGAAAAUAGAAUAAUAGAAUCAUUGAUAUUCUAUAAUAAACAGCUGAUGCGCAGA